AUCAAGCGGAGGCAUCGUUAUCCUGCCUUCAACCUUUAUGCCUUUCCAGCUAGACGUCCUUAAAAUGUACUUAUGCUUAUCGACACAUGAAUGCCCUUCUGGCACUAUUCCUGUUGGAGGAAGCUCAUAAGACAGAUAUGCCUUCUAAUGAGUGGGAGUUCGAUAAUCCGUUUAAGGAUAUGAUAUGGGACUAUGAAUGUUUCAACUGCCUACGUACGAACUGGCCUCAAGAUAUUCUCGAUGUCAUGUUCGAGGAACACGAACUAGUCGAGUCUUCGUUCAAUAUUCCCUUCCUUGGAUCGCCACUAUUCAGCAAGGAUAGAGGUUCCUCAUGUCCGAAUUUCUUCGGUCGCCGUCGUGCACAAUCCAUGAGUGGCAAGCCUUCGUUCAAGAGGGUGAAAGGUCCAGCCGACCUGCAUUGCAUCUGCACCGACCACAGUUAUGUUAUCGUGCGGACUUCCCCCGCUAGGAAACUUGCAUCCCAAUAUCUGGUGCCCCGCUGUUUUAUAUUUCUCUUCCUUUUCCCCGCCCGUAUUAUUUUACUGAGACAACCACACAAUCUCUUUACUAUAUUCUAUAUUUCCUCUUCGCUACCAUCUAGACCAACACGUUCCUUCCCCCCUGCUCAUUCACUCUUAUAUUUAUUACCUGCUUGACGACACUACACGACACUCGUCCAUGUUUCUUCAUUUCCGCUUCAUAGAAGCUAUAAACAUAUACCUCAUGU